AGGGACCGAGCUGGCUCACAAGCCCUCCCUGUUCUGUGACAUGUCUGUUUCCUGUUUCUCCCCCAUCAGGAGCAGUUUCAGUCUCAACUUCAAAAGAACAAACACGCACUCAAAACAAAGGAAGACGGUCCUCGACUGCAGAGGAAGCAGGAAGCUGUCGGCCCAGCUCUGAGCCCAGCUGCUGGAGCCCCGAGCAGCGGCAUGGAGUCCGUGGCCCUGUAUAGCUUUCAGGCUACAGAGAGCGACGAGCUGGCCUUCAACAAGGGAGACACACUCAAGAUCCUGAACAUGGAGGAUGACCAGAACUGGUACAAGGCCGAGCUCCGGGGUGUCGAGGGGUUUAUUCCCAAGAACUACAUCCGCGUCAAGCCCCAUCCGUGGUACUCGGGCAGGAUUUCCCGGCAGCUGGCCGAAGAGAUUCUGAUGAAGCGGAACCAUCUGGGAGCCUUCCUGAUCCGGGAGAGCGAGAGCUCCCCAGGGGAGUUCUCUGUCUCUGUGAAGUGAGCUCUGGCC